UGUAGGUGAAGUGCUAUAAUCCGGAUAAUCGUGGUCGAUUGAUAUUGAACCAAAGUUUAGUCAUGCUUGACAAUACAUUUCACACAUAUUUUAAUAUUGAAACGGUUAUCUUUAGUAAUCAACUGAUAGAAAUUCCUAAAACAAAACUAACACACAAAAUCUUCAAUAUUCCGGAAGUGUAUAUAUUCGCCAAAAGAAUCAAAUCUACCCGGAUGACAAAGCAAUACUUGAAAUACCAUGGAAGUGUACGGCUAAAAGAAUAUGCAAUUUGAAACCCAAACCAAUCAAUAAGAUAACAAAUCAACAAGUUAAAAAUAAUUUGGGACAACUGUAUGUUAUGAAUAAGAACAAUGAGAUCACUACUGAGACUGGUGAAGGGGAAUCGGUGUAUUUAGAGCUUAUAUCUAAGCAUGAAAAGUUUGUCAUAAGCACAAAAAUGUGCGCAGUAGCCAGCCUGAAAUUUCCAGAGAGCUUCAAUUCUGAGUCAGUUAUUGACAUUCAUUUAUGUCAAGCAUUUUACCAAUUCAAAUAUUACGGCACAGUUGAUUCGUAUCAUAAUCAAACAAUAUUUAUUAGUGAUAUCCCUACCCGCAUUCAGAACAACAAUAGGUCAUUUUAUCGACAAAGUGAGAUAUUUCAAGCUGACCGACUUAUCCCCCAACAAAAUACUGUAUAUUAUAUUUGUCAUGUUCCUCCAUUGAACGCGUCAUUGGAAUAUCGCGUCGACAGUAGCACGAUACAAGAUUGGUGUGGUAUAUCAAACAAGCGAAUAAAGUUAUCACCAGCCGAUCAUUUAUUUAUCACGAAACUGAAUAUAAGAAAUUCAAGUUCAUCUCAUCACAUCAAAUGUUCUCUACUAUCGUGUCUCAGUUUGAACCAAGUGACUUUUAUCUGCUGCUCCUUGCUACUGACGAAUUUAACUGUAUGUUUAACAGUAAUCUGGGUGUGCAAACGUAAGCAACAGUUAAAACAGCAUCAACUUCAAUACACCUUUAGUCAGAACCUACAUGCGAAACAGCUGUUAAGUGAUUCACUGAGAUGUUCCAUUUUAUCUGCUACUACACCACAAAAAAUUGGCGGAACACAGCAGCAACCAGUUUAUCAUAAUGAGUUUGGGGCGUGUUUGGACUAUGAAGUCUACGAUGAAUUUGAACCAUCUAGCCGUACUAAUUGUCCAAAAUGUAUGGCUUCCAUGAUAGAACAAAUUAACCCCUUAUUACCUUGUCAAACAACAAGAAGCAUCAGUCAAGUGUCGGUGAAAGACUCAUUGAAACAGCCGUCAAAUGAAGAUCUUAUCUACCUUAGUUUUUUGAAUAGGCAUUCAAUAACAGCUCACCCAAACUGCAAGGUACAACCAAUAUUGGAAGCAAUGACAAAUAAACCAACUGAAAAUUCUAAUAUUUAGUUUGAAUUUAGAUUUAUCGAUAAGUGAUGGAAAUGAUAAUGAAAUAGGACAUAAUUAGAUAAUAACACUAAGUUUUAUAGCUGCAAACAAAAUACUUAUCAAUGUCCUUCGAUCGUCAGUAUAAUAAACAUAUUUCCAUAAAAUGUUUUUCUGAGUAAAAGGUUAAUUAUAUUAUCUAACUGGAAAUUAUAUAGCUGAAAUUUCUCGAAGUAUCUAAUCACUAAGUAAUGCUCUUCAUGCUGGUUGACAUGCUACAUUGUCUAAGUGAGCAAGUAAUACCUUUUAAAUGUAGUAUUAUCUUCAGACAAAACUGAGAAGUACACAGCAUACUAACGAAGUGUUUUCUAACAAACUUGAUGAAAACAACUUCUGUAAUCUAGAUAAUCAGUUGGUCGUAAAAGUCACAGAAAAUGGUACACAUGUCUAUCAGUCCAUAUUGUCACCAUAUCAAGAGAAAUUAACAAGGUGAGAACCACAUCAGGGGAAAUAAAAGUAUCAACUGUAGCGGAAAGACAAACAUAUAUUAUAUAGUUUAAGAGAAAUGUAAGGGACGAUACGAAAUUUAGAGUAAGAUAGAGAAUGGAUGCAUUUAGGAUCAGUUUCAGGCUGUCAGUCAACGCCAGCCAUAAAUGAAGACCAUUUCAUUGAAGAGGUCUGGGAGUAUAUUUACAUGUUUUGAUGCUACGCAGUUCAAUACACAAUAAUCCCAUGAAGUGACUGUCUUUAUAGUACUCCUCCUAGUCUUCUCCAAACCUGCUACUUUGCUACCUGAGUGGUUGGAAGGCUUAUUUAGUAUCGUUACGUUUCAGCUCCAAGAGGACGAUAGACUUGGUCAGUACAUUAACUCCCACGUCUGAGACAUCUCUAACUCUCGCAUCUGCCGAUCCCAAACUCUAGUUAAGAGUUAGCUGAUCACCAAAGCUAGCAUCCCACACAUUAAUGGUUAGACUGUUUCCUGUGGUUGCCAAGAGG